ACGUGAUGUGGGCAGAACACUCACUGCGGCUUCAUUUCGGCGGACGUUUCGUACGCUCCAUGAGGCGGAUUGGUGUCUGAAAGCAGCAGCAUGGAAAUGGUGAAGAUCGAGCAAGUAAUUGUUGGGAAUGAGAAGAGAUCCACCUCCGUGGAGAUCAAGGCGGAGAUCAAGCCCGAGCCCGUGGUCGCCCCUCUACAGUCCUAUCAGCACGAGAGUCUGCAAUGUUUCCAGUGCUUCAUCACUUUCUGUAACUCCAAAGCCAAGGAGAGACACAUGAGGAAGAGUCAUCGGGACCAGUACAAACAGCACCUGCAGCAGACUGAUACAGUCUUCACAUGCUAUAAGUGUGACAAGAGCUUCUCCUACUCUGAGGAGCUAAGCCAGCACCAGGCCACCCACAGCACAGAGGAGAAGCCCUUUCUUUGUGCUUACUGUCAGAAAAACUUCUUUACUUUCACUGAGCUAAACAAACACAGACGACAUGAGUGCAUAGAACGGCGGUGUCCCUGCAGGGACUGCGGCACCUUGUUCCCCAGCCCUUCACGCCUCCGUAACCAUCGCCUCGCAGUGCACCCCCAGCGCUCCUUGGUGGCCGAUGACAACAACACCUACCAAUGCUGCAAAUGUACUCACGGUUUCAAGACGGAAGAAGAGCUUCUGCAGCACCAGGAGACAUUUGCCAGUGAUAUAAACUGUGGCGUCAAGCCGCAAGGCAAAAAGCGUGGCCGUAAACCCAAGAACGCAGCUCAAGGAGGGACGGUUGAGAGCAAGAAGGUCAAACAAGAAGACGAAGCAGAAUACAAUGACUCCACAACGGAGGGUUGCCCCGCCAAUGAGCUGCAACCGGAGCUCAAGAUCCCUUGUUCCGAAGCAAACUGUGACCUCAUCUUCCCUUCUGUUGAAGUCCUGCGGGCACACAAAAAAGAUGCACAUGGGGGCCUUCACAAUACUCACACGUGUACAGAGUGUGAUGAGAGCUACGCAGGGCCCGAGCAGCUCACAGCGCACAUGGCCAGGGAUCACCACCCUGGAUACACCAGCCCCAUCUCUGAAAAGAGCUUUGAACAAGAAAGCACCCUGGAGAUCCACCAGAACACCCACACUGAAGGAGAGGUGGCAGCAGAAAUAAGAUAAUAUAUGGGCAAACAAUUGUAACUUCAUCCUACAUCAUUCACAUAAAAGAUUUUUGUACCAUAAUCUGUCUCAUGUAGGUAGAAGAUUUGUAUGUGAAUAUUUUAGGGUGAGUUUUUUUGAAGCAAGGUUAUGCAACACAUGACUUAUGGAGGUUGUUUUGGGAAUGAUGUUAUUCAAUUGCUUUUAGAAAGACAUCCUACACUUGCAAAUUAAACUCUGUACAGAUUGAUACAUAAUUGUGAUGUAUGUCCACUUCAAAGCUCAUGUCACAAGGCCCUUGCUGUCCAUAUUACCUCUAUUGUACCUGGAAUGGUUUAAGAAAAGAAAAAGAUGAAUGUAGACUAGCUAAUUCCCUCUUAAAUGUGGGAUUUUUUUGUAUUUUUCAGGAUGUUCACAUGAGAAUGUAUCUUCCUAAACAUCAUAAAAUCCAAUAUCUGAAAACUGGCCAGUGUAUAGGAUUAUGUAAUAACAUUGAAAUCUGCAGGUUUUCUUUUUUCUUUCUAAAGUAAAUUCUUGUUGCAUUAAACAAUAGUUGUGUUUCUGUGA